GAAACAUGGCUGCCGACAGGCUGCAGUUUCAUGAGAUGGGUCUGGACGACCGUCUUUUAAAGGCGGUGGCCGAUCUGGGCUGGUCGCAGCCCACCCUGAUCCAGGAGAAGGCCAUCCCGCUGGCUCUGGAGGGGAAAGACCUCCUGGCUCGAGCUCGCACUGGAUCGGGGAAGACGGCGGCCUACGCCAUCCCCAUCAUCCAGCGCAUCCUGACCGCCAAGCAGAGCGUCGGAGAGCAGAACGUCAGGGCCUUGGUCCUGGUGCCCACUAAAGAACUGGGUCAGCAGGUCCAGACCAUGAUCAAACAGCUGACGGCGUUCUGCUCCAGAGACGUGCGGGUGGCCAACAUCUCCGGCAAAGCCGACCUGUCAGCGCAGAGGCCCAUCUUGAUGGAGAAACCCGACGUGGUGGUGGGCACGCCGUCCCGGGUACUGGCUCACCUCGUGGCCCAGAACCUGGUGCUGCACUCGUCCCUGGAGAUGCUGGUGGUGGACGAGGCCGACCUGCUCUUCUCCUUCGGGUUCGAGGCCGACCUGAAGAACUCCCUGUGCCACUUACCGAAGAUCUACCAGUCGUUCCUGAUGUCGGCCACUCUCAGCGAGGACGUUCAGGCCUUGAAGGAGCUGCUGCUGCACAACCCCGUGGUCCUGAAGCUGCAGGGCUCCCAGCUGCCCGACAGCAGCCAGCUGCAGCAGUACAGCAUCCGCUGCGAGGAGGAGGACAAGUUCCUGCUGGUCUACACGCUGCUGAAGCUCGGCCUGGUGCGAGGCAAGACGCUGCUUUUUGUGGGCGCCGUCGACCGAUGCUACAGACUCAAGCUGUUCCUGGAGCAGUUCGCCAUCCCGGCCUGCGUGCUCAACUCGGAGCUGCCCGUCCAGUCCAGGUGUCACAUCAUCACUCAGUUCAACCAGGGUUUCUACGACUACAUCAUCGCCACAGACGAGCAGAGCCUGGACGACCCGGCCCAGGAGAAGAAGACGAAGGCGAAGAGCGCCAACAAACCGGGGAAAGCUAAAGAUAAAGAGUACGGCGUCUCCAGAGGCGUCGACUUCCACAACGUGUCCAACGUCAUCAACUUUGAUUUCCCCUCGACGGUCGAGUCGUACAUUCACCGAGUCGGACGGACGGCUCGAGCCAACAACCCGGGGACGGCUCUGUCCUUCAUCGCUCACUCGGAGCUCGGUUUGCUGUCGGAGUUGGAGGUGGCGCUCAGUGGAGAUAGCCCGGACUGCGCCCUGAAGCCGUACCAGUUCAAGAUGGAGGAGAUCGAAGGCUUCCGGUACCGCUGCAGAGACGCCAUGCGUUCGGUGACCAAGCAGGCGGUGAGGGAGGCGCGGCUGAAGGAGGUCAAGCAGGAGCUGCUCAACUCCGAGAAGCUGAAGACCUACUUCGAAGAUAAUCCCAGAGACCUGCAGCUGCUCCGACACGACAAAGACCUGCAUCCUGCCGUGGUCAAGCCUCACCUGAAGAACGUUCCGGAAUACCUGGUUCCGGAGACACUCAGGAGCGCGAUGCACCCUCUGUUGAGGAGGAAGAGGAAGAGGAAUCACAAAGCGAAGCCGCCAGCAGCAGCAGCAGCAGCAGGAGGAGGAGGAGGGGGAGGGGUGGUGAAGAGCAGCUUCAAGAAAACCGUCCGGGGGAAGAACCCGCUGAAGAGUUUCCGCUACACCGGAGGGAAAAACCGAAAAGGCAAAGCGGGGAAGUCGUAGCCGCCCGGGGCGGAUCGGAGGUGGAGGUUGGAAGAACUGGUCUGAGGCAGAAACGAACUGUGGAUCAGAGAGGCUGUCAACGAGGACGGGCUGCGGUUAGAACGGACUUCAAAUGGAGAAAGACGUGAAAACAUCGGUUUCAACUGAGGAGCCGUCCUGACAGACCGGACGUCCUGAGAGGAGUCACCAUCCGUUCUCUCUGAAGUGUUCUAAUACGGGGAAUUUAAUGAAACCUGAGUCUGUGUUGUAGUGAUAUUUGCUAAAUUCAGAUGAGCUAAACCCAUUCAGAGUUCAACUUUAUGUACAAACGUUUCUUUGUUGAUGAGGAGAUUAAAACCUGAAUCACUGGAACUGUUGUGGU